GUCAAAUUUUGCUGCAAAACCUCCCAAACUGCCGGUAUUUUUGUCAACUCAUCAUCAAGGGACUAACUGAACUUUGGCGUUCCUUUCUUUAAAUUGAUACUUUUUUACAGUUUAUCGUUGAAAAGUUCAGAAAAAGCAAUCGUGUUGUGUGCUUAUCAAGUCUAGCAAAGCCGAAAUUAGUUCCAAGGAUGAAAACCGUGGAUAAAAGCCAGCAUGUUCUCCCGAACAGCCAACCGAUCGUGGAGCUGGAAUGUUCCACCGCUUUCAAAGCGCUGACCGAGAAGGAGAAACUUUACGCGCAUUAUUUCAGCCAGGCUUCCUGGGCGGGUGGAUUGAUUGCGCUGGUUCAGUCCAGUCCGGAAUCGCCGUUGAUUUUCUCGUUGCUGCACCGGAUUUUCAACGCCGAACCUUCGCAGGAGCUGAAAAAGAGUGCCCUGGCGGCUGGCGUUAGCGAGGAUGAGUUUACGGCAUUUUUGGUGUACGUUUGCGGGUUUUUGGCCAACGCUGGAAACUACAAGGGAAUGGGCGACAGCAAGAUUGUCCCCAAUCUGGAGGAAGAUAAGCUCGAGUUGAUCGUGAAGAGCUCGAAGGCAUUUAAGGCGGAUGAAAGUACCGUUGGAGGUCUGUGGGAGAAGACAAAGAAGUCAAUCUUCCUGCUGACUGAGCGGACGAAGACUUUGGGACUGUGCGAUCAGGGAAUUACCACGUACUUCUCCUCGAAUGUGACCAAAGAGGACACGGAACUGAUUAGCGAGUGGAUGAAGGAGAACAAGUUCGAGGCGUACAUCUGUCGUACUUUUAAGACCCUGGAAGACGGGAAAACGGUUUACAAUAUCAAAUUGGCUUCGGCGGAGGAAGGCGAAAAGGAAGGGAUGACGAAGGACCCCGUCGAGUACAAGGAUUGUCUGUUCAAGAUCACUCGAGGUGAUUACAAAGAGCUAAUGGGAAAAGUGGCCGGUUUCCUGGAGGAGGCCAACAAGCAUUCGGCCAAUGAGAAUCAGAAGCAAAUGAUCGAUAGCUACAUUCAAAGCUUCACCGAAGGUAGUUUGGAUGCGCAUAAGACUGGCUCUCGGUACUGGAUCAAGGACAAGGGACCGGUCAUCGAAACCUACAUCGGGUUCAUCGAAACGUACAGAGAUCCGGUCGGUCAGCGAGGAGAGUUCGAAGGCUUUGUGGCCAUGGUUAAUAAGGAGAUGUCGGCGAAGUUCGGAACGUUGGUCAGCAAUGCAGAGAAUUUCAUCCAGCUGCUGCCUUGGGGAGAGGACUACGAGAAAGACAAUUAUCUAAAGCCGGAUUUCACCUCGCUGGACAUUUUGACCUUUGCCGGAUCGGGCGUCCCGUGUGGCAUUAACAUUCCCAACUACGAUGAAAUCCGUCAGGAUGAGGGCUUCAAGAACGUUUCUCUGGGCAACGUGUUGGCCAAUACCAACAAAACGGACUCCAUUCCGUUCCUGUCCGAGGAAGACCAGGCACUGAUGAAGCGCUACAAGGCAUCUGCUUUUGAGGUGCAGGUUGGACUGCAUGAGCUGCUCGGUCAUGGCAGUGGUAAACUGUUGCGCGUAAACGAGAAGGGUGAGUUCAACUUUGACCGGGAGAAGGUCAAGAAUCCCCUGACGGGAGAGGCAGUCACUAGCUGGUAUGAACCCGGAGAAACGUAUGACUCAAAGUUCAAAGCGCUGGGAUCCAGCUACGAGGAAUGUCGUGCUGAAGCCGUUGGAUUGUACCUCAGCUUGAAUCGCGACAUCCUGAAAAUCUUCGGUCACACCGAUGAGAAGGAAAUCGAGGACAUUAUCUAUGUCAACUGGCUGCUCUUGAUUUGGGGAGGCGUUGGAGUUGCAAUGGAGCUGUACAAUCCAACGCAAAAAGCCUGGCUGCAGGCCCAUUACCAGGCACGCUUUGUUAUAAUGAAGGUCCUUUUGGAAGCAGGCGAAGGCUUGGUGACUGUGGAGGAAACCGAACCUGGCAAGAAUCUCCUUCUCAAGUUUGAUCGCUCCAAGGUGGAAACCGUCGGCAAAAAGGCAAUCGAACAAUUCCUCUUGAAACUGCAGUAUUACAAAUCGACCGGGGACAUUGUUGGCGCCACCAAGAUGUACAACCACUACUCGGAGGUCAACGAGGAGGGACCUUAUCCGUGGGCCAAGUGGCGCGAUAUUGUGCUGCUGCACAAGAAGCCACGGCUGAUCUUCGUUCAGGCAAACACCGAGCUGAAUGCGGAUGGCGCCGUACAGCUGAAGACGUACGAGUCGAACUUUGAUGGCUACAUCAAGUCGUGGACGGAUCGCUUCCCUGAUGUGGAGAUUGACAACGUACUCGAACGGAUCUACGAACACGAUCUGCAAUAUUUCCAGGAUUUGGUCUGAGCAACGCUGUUAAAAGGUAGGAGGAAUACUGAGUUGCCUAUUUUGAAAUAUAACCCUUUGUACCACUUGCUAAUAUUUACUGAUUCGUAGAAAA